GUAAAAUCGGGGCAACACAGCCGCGUACUGAAAUAGAGGCGAGUCGCACACACGCGUCUACGUGCUGUCAAUUUCAUCCAGUUAGGGAGCAUGAUUAUCAGCUACCAGGUCCACCGACUCUAACGAAGAGUAGGUCGAGUGUCGCGCUCGUGCUAGCAGACGUGUGACCAGAGCUACUCCGCCAGCACAGUGGCUCUAAGUGGGUCGCAAGUGACCAGACACAGUGCAGUGAAAUGAACUUUAUGUCCAGAGUUGCAUAAUUCAGAACCAUGAAUAGAUUCCAAAAAAAAACAGUGCUUUGUUUAUUCUUGUGCAACAUCUUGAAAUAAACAAACAGUAAAUUAACAAACAUAAAGGAUGCUGAAGGGUCGAGGACGCGACCCAAGGGGCGCCGUCCCUCCAACGCCGACGAUGUCUAGAUCUAUACACUCCGGAUCCCAUCAUCCCUUCACACAACCAAUGCAACGUGCACCGCUAACAAAACCGGAACCAGACUACGAAGUCGUCGAGUUUCCCAGUGAUCAAUAUGUCAACGCUAAACUAAAUCCACCGCCGCCGCCUCCUCCUCGACCACCUACAGGUCACCCUGUAGAUGCUGAUGCGUCAUGCGGACUGUGCGGAGGCGGAGGAGCCCGGGUCCGCUGUGCGGAAUGCGGCCGCCGCGCUCUAUGCGCCUCCUGCGACGACAUGUACCAUCGACACCCCAAACGCAGACACCACCAACGUCAGGCUCUGUCGACUGCCCAACUACGAGAAGAACGACCUCCAUUACCACCAAAAGUUGCACCGCCCGUGCCGCCUCCGCGACGACACAAGCUGAGCGGAGACAGACUAAGCGCCAGUCCUAAGCCUAUGAUGGAUCAAAGACGUGCAACACUAGGUCAUUUGUCCGCUGGCAUAGCCCAAGUUUCACGUGGAAGCACAGGAACUACCCCCAUCAACAAUCACGUUGCACCACAUCCCCAUUCGCAAAUGCCGCUCCACGUUCAAGCCAAGAUGACCACAAUACCAACCUCUAGCCAUAUCGGCAGUAUGCCGUAUCUACCCACAUCAAUGCCGCAUUCAAAUAUGCCCCAGUUAACAAGCAUGCAACCACAAGGACACCAUACUCUUGGCCACCUCAAUCCAGCUUGGGCGAGACAAAGAGGAUCUCUUCAAGGAUUUAAUAUGCAUCAAAAUGUCCCACCGGAGUCAUGGGAGCCAGAGAACGUUUCGCAUGUACAGAAUUGGAACCGGCCCUUGCGGCGUGGUGCGUCAGUAUUAGAGCUAGGUGUCGGUGGCGGAGCGACGUGCGGAGGAUGCGCGCAAUGUGCAGGCUCGGGCUGGAGAUACGGCAGCUGUGCGAGCCUCGACCAUCCGUGGCAGGGAGCCUGGCAGCCCCCACCCUGCUGUCUCCCACCGCACGACCCUCGGUUGCAUGCGCAUACGCAUCAUGUUUCCCAGACGCCACAACCACAUCGUAGAGUGGAAACGCGCACUAUGUCCCGCGCCGCGUCCCGUGCCGGGUCUAGAGCUCCAUCGCCGGCCGCGAGUGUUAGAUCGCGCGCCUCCCGCCGCACCAAGCAUCGGACCCCUUCCCCGCCACUGCCCUCCAGCGACGCCGAUACGGAAAGCGAAGGAGAAAGUAUCACUGUCCCUCCAAGCAGCAUCCACGAAAACAACGAUAACUACUUAGGACCCGCACCUCCCCCGCCGGAAAUCAAUUGGCAAUGCGAGCACUGCACGUUCGUCAAUGAGCCCGGAGUUAGAGUGUGUGCAGUCUGUUGUCGCACUCCAACCGUAGCUCCGAAAAUCCUUGUAUCAGGCGUAAAAGAAGAGAUGGAGAAGCUAAAAAUUGAAACAAAAAAAUCAACACCGACUACUGCCACCCAUGAUGAUUCACCAACUAAACAAAACGGGGUGCGAUGCAGUCCUAAAAUUAGCAAAGAGCGAAAGUCUACUGGUUGUGGCCCGUCACCUCCUAGAGAAGAAUUUAUUUCAAUGCAAAUAGUAAACAGUCAAUCGCCCGUUAUUGAACAAAACAAACACAGCUUUGUUGAAAGAAGUACAAAAGGACAUGACAUUGCCGUGGGUCCGUCACCACCUCGCGACAUUCGUCACUCCCAGCAGAAUAGAAAUAUUACGUCAUCUCCUCAAAUCGACAACAGGGUCCAGGACUCCCCACGUCGGAGCGUUAAGGAUUCUCCUGUUAAAGAUCAACCACAACUACACAGCAUUUCAGUUGGUCCAUCACCUCCACGUGAAAACAAUCGUGUAUCUAUCGAACCUGAGAAACAGGUUCAAAAAAAGUCCACUGGGACGUCGCCAUCGCGCGACGUCAUCGUCAGAGCAAGUAGUUUCAGAUCCAAUAAAACAAACGUCUCGAACACCGGGACUUCUCCACCACCACAAAGCAUUUCUACACAGACCUACGAAGUACCUAAACAAUGGGAACGCGCCCCAUCGGCAUCUCGAUCGCGACCAAGACGACGGUUCCGGGACGAAAGUCGACGUGAACGAUCUCAUAGCAGACACUCACUAUCCAGCGACACCCGUGAGAGCGACCGCAGUGUCCGCACGUUGGGAACAACCAACCGGUGGGAGUGGCGUGAAGAGGACAGCAGUCCGGGAGGUGACUGGGACCAUGGAAACAUGUCGCGUAGAGCUUCACAUUUAGAUCUACGGAGACCAAGGUCGCAUCGUCGAUCUGGAUUUUAUGGCUCAGAGGCCGCUUCACCCGAGCCGACGGGAGCCACACGCGCCACUUCACUAGAAGCUUUAUCCGGCGCAGGCCGACGAGAAACAGAACGCGGCCUCGAGCUCGCCAAGCUUAUGACGGAAGCCGAACGCCUGGGCUUCAGUGCCGCGGAAGUGCAAGCUGCAUUAGCACAAAGUCCGGCAGCACCACUCGCAUGGUUGCGCUCGCGGUGGCCGAGCUUGUGCGCGGGCGUACGAGCAGCCGCUGCAAGACUCGCACCCGACGCUGUCAUCUCCGAACUAGAAGCUCGAGCGUCACUCGCACGGCAUCGAGGCGCUAUGUGGCCUGCGGUUACAGAAUGUGUUGAACGACAUCGUCGACAGGCAGGAUCAACUGAAAUGGGCGAAGAAGGACGAGUCCGAGGGCGUGUCUGGGGCUCGCCAGCCGGUGCAGAUGAUGAUGCAGCUCCACCGCGGUUCGCAUCGCGCCGCUCGUCACGCGCGCGCGCAGAAGAUAGUUCAGAUGAAUUUGAAGCACCGACGCGACCGGUGUUUCGAGACGACGAUUGGAUGUUUCUACCGUUGGACGUGAAUGUUAAAGAUGAAUACGAGACGAACCAGAAUCUUAAAUCCUGGAAUAAACAUUCGUACGAUGCCCCGCAUGACGACAGAGAUGACGUAACUGUAACGUUAAAUAUUCUUAAAAAUAACACAGACGAAGAAAACUUCUUACGUAGUUUAUUAGAAAAUACACAAUUAAAGUUGGAAGAGAGUACUAUAACUGACAGAAACAGAACAAACUUCAAUGAUUUAAUCCAAUCUGAAAAUGAUUUUAUUGACGCGUAUAAUGCCUUAACAAAGGCAAGUCCACUACCUAACAUAAAUGACGUCAUUUUGGAACCGAACAGCAAAUCUUUCCCGACAGACAUAAUACACGACAAUAUUAAACUUCAAAAUAAUAAAAAUGAAAAAUUACUGAUUAAAGGACAAAAUAUAUCGGACAGAAAAUCUACAAAAAACAUAUUAGUGGAUGAAAAAAAAGAUAACUUAAUAGCCCUUAAAGUAGUUUCUAAAACUGAAGAACAAAAAUCAAAAGCCUCAACAAUAAAAAACGAUAACAACAUAUUCCCAAACAAUGAAGCAGUCAAACAACAAACAGAAGCUCAAAGUAACAAACAAACUUACUAUAGGGAUGUAUUAGAGAAAAAACAGCCUGAAAAUAAAAAUAAAAUACAAAAUUCUUAUGAUGAUAAAUCACAGAACUUGAAUGAUAUAGUCGAUAAUACUCAAAAACUAAUACAACAGAUGAGAGAAGAACUUGACUCCGACAUGCACUCUUUUAAAAAUAAUAGCACUUCGCAUAGUGAACACGAAAGUUCGUCCAACGAGGAACAGUUAACCAGUUAUAGUGAUACGGACCAUGAAACAGAAGAAUCUGAAAAUAUUACUUCAGAUGAAGAUGGAAACAGCAAGGACACACAGAACGUCAGAAUCAAAACUAACAAUUCGGUACGACAGAGCGAAGCUUCUAAUAGAACAAGUUCUGAAGACAAUGAACAAUUUGAAGAAGCAAUGGAUCAUAUCGAAAACCAAGUAGAUGACUUUAAAAAUACUAACAUGGCAAUACUAGAUUCAAUUGCUCGAAGUCUACAAGAAGAGCAUAUUGUUACUGUAGAAGAAAUUAAACCAACAAUUCCCGUGAAAAAAGAAGAUUCAAAUAAUAAUUUGUACGUGGCCGUUAACUCUUUUGAAGAAAUAUAUGCCCAAUUAAAUAGUACUAAAAUGCAACAGAAAAUAAUUUCUGAGAGUGAAAAUAUUUUACAAACGAAUACAUUGCCAGAUAUAACAGUAAUAGAAAAACACGCUAUUACAGUAUCUGAAUAUCGACCAUCGGCGUCUUUUCAGUUAAUAAUAUCGGAAAACCAGCAACCUAAAUUAAAAGGAAAGUUAAAUACAAUUGAACCAACUCAUGAAAAUUUGAUUAAUGAACCAUCUCCUGAUAAUUUAGUAAAUGUUUUUAAAAAUACAGAAAACCAUUACGAAUCUAAUAAAAUAGAAGUAUUAAAUACUACACAGCCAUUUCCACCGCUCGAACGCACUAGAGAAAAUAAUAUUGAACGAACAAAUAAUGAUCAAAUUGAACAAGAACAAACAAUAAAUUUUGGUGAAAUUAAUGCAACUCAAGAUGAACCCGAACGGAACGAUCUAGAAUUUGGAGCCAUAAAUAUAGAAAUAAAACAAAAUACGGAAAACACUGAGCUACAAAUACAAUUAGACAAUAUUUCACAACCGCUACCGGCGGAGGAAUCGGAUAAUCGAAAUACUAAUGUGCAACUACAAACUAUACAAAGAGAAAUAGAAGAAAUAGACAUUUUUAAUAAGGUUGACCAAAACGAACGUAAUGGAAAUGCAAAUCAAAUACAAUUGGAACCUAUAAAUAUCAUUAAAGAAACUCCGUUACAGCAUCAAGUACAAACUUCAAUUAGUACCGUAAACAGUGCAUCGAUCACCGAAAAAACUUAUUCUAAAAAUCCAGCAUCAAAAUCUAAUAUACCGAAAUUAAUUAAAAAUGUAUUUGGCACAAAGACUAAAUUAGAAAAAAACGGCCCAAAAUUUGUAGCCUCUAAGGUACCCAUUCGCAGAGCAUCGAUCAAACAAUAUCCUGCACCUGCGCCGCCUAAAUCACAAUUUGGACAUAUACAAAGCGGUCAUGUAAAACAAUUGCAAACGAGACUAUUUGAUACAAGACCUAAAAAUUCAAAUACUGUUAAGGAAUCUAACAUAUCAGAACCGGAACCUUCAACGUCUACAAUGAGUAAAAAAAAGCCAGCACCACCUCCACCUAUAGAACAUAAAAAUGAACAAGCCACAUCAAUACAAGUACAGCCAACAAUGGAAAAGAAAAAUAAUUACUUUCGUGAAACUUGUCGAACUGAGGACGAAUGGACUGAAAGCGAUUCCGAAAGUUCUCAAACGCCAGUAAAGAAACCGGUAGAAGAAAUAAAUUACAAUCCUCCUUCACCGCCUCCACCUCUCACAUUACGUCGUGUCUCGGGGCAAUUAGUUGAUUUGGCCAAAAUACGUUUACCUGAAGGAUCACCAGAGAGACAAGCCCGUAUGUUAUUAGCAGAAGGGGCGACAGAAACGUGGGAACAAGCGCAACUUGCAGUAGAGUUAAUUUCACGUGGAAUUGAAUCGUCAGCUGCACUUUUAGCAGCUCUUGAGUGUACAGAUAUAACAGGUGCACUUGUGUAUUUGCAUCAAGAUUGCGAACUUUGUGCAUCUAGACUGCCUGAACAUGAAAUGGUAUCGAUGUUACGUUGCACUCACCGAUGCUGUCGAGAAUGCGCCCGACACUACUUCACAGUUCAAAUCACGGAAAGGAGCAUAGCAGACUGCGUGUGCCCAUACUGCAAAGUUCCAGAUUUAGAAAAUCUUCCCGAAGACGCCUGGUUAGAUUAUUUCGCACAUUUGGAUAUUCUACUUAAGACGUUACUCGAAACGGAAGUGCACGAAUUAUUCCAAAGAAAGUUGCGUGACCGUACUCUGGCUCGAGACCCCAAUUUUAGAUGGUGCAUGGAAUGUGCUUCGGGAUUCUUUGUUCAUCCAAAACAAAAGAAAUUGCGUUGCCCAGAGUGUCGCUCAGUUAGCUGUGCAUCAUGCAGGAAGCCUUGGACGGCUAAUCACGAAGGUAUGACAUGUGAACAAUAUGCUACUUGGUUGGAUGACAACGAUCCUGAAAGGUCAUUGACCGCGAUACAACAACACCUAAGAGACAAUGGCCUCGAAUGUCCACGAUGUCGCUUCAAAUAUUCCCUGUCAAGAGGUGGAUGUAUGCAUUUCACUUGUACUCAAUGCAAAUAUGAGUUCUGUUAUGGAUGUGGAAAGCCUUUUACUAUGGGCGCACGCUGCGGCUUGAGCGACUAUUGUGCAAAAUUAGGACUUCAUGCACAUCACCCGAGAAACUGUUUAUUUUAUUUAAGAGAUAAAGAACCACACGAACUGCAAACAUUGUUACAAAUGAAUAAUGUCCAUUAUGAAACGGAAGCAGCUCCCGGAAGUACUGGACGGUGUCCGACACAAUUACAACGAGAGACUCCCACCGGCCUCGUCGACGGAGUGUGCGGCAGCGAGGCACCGGCAAACUAUGCAGGCUUGUGCAAGAAUCAUUACUUGGAGUACCUGAGCCGGACGGUGCGGCGGCACGGAGUGGAUCCUCUGCCGAUCCUGGGCGUGGACGACCUGGAAACGUUGGUGCGCCGGGCCGCACUCCGAUUGCCGCCUCGACCCUACGGCUCGCUCGAGGGCCUCUACAAGCGAGGGCUGAUCGAGAUCGUGAAAGAAAAAAUACCUCUAGACUAAAUUCUGCUGGGUACAGAAGAUUAAUGAGCAACCUUUUCCAACUAAAAUAUAAUGUGUAUCUAUAUUUAUAAGGA